AUGACGUCCAUUAAGAAACUUUUCAUUUUAUACAAACAGCUACUAUGCCAAUUAUAUCCUUGUCAAAUGAUAGAUUUCAAUCUAAGAUUUAAGAUUAUCACCCAGUCAAUGUAUCUACACGACGAUUUAAUAGAAAAGAUAUGGAAUCAAUAUGUGAUAUAUAUACUUAAAGUGUAUCCCAUUAGGUUUAUUUUUUUUUUUACUUUUUUUUGUUUUUACUCAUGGUUGUUGAUUUGUUUUUGUGUUGAAUUCAAUUGUGUAGAAAUGAAUUCAAAUCGAUGGCCGGAAAUCAUCAUACCAGACAGUAUAAAUAUAGCUCAAUGGAUGUGGAAAAAAUUCACAUCUUAUUCGAAACUUAUAUUCCUGGUUGAUCAUCAGAAUGAUCGUUAUAUCAAAUAUGGGCACGUUUUCAGAGAUGUUUGUCGCAUGAUGAAAGUGUUUGAAAAGCAUCAAAUAUCGUCCAAAAGCACGAUCGCCAUAAUUGCCCCUCUGAAUGACAACACCAGCUACGAACAUAUCAUUACAUUGAUGGCAACAUUCAUGAUUGAUGCCAAGCUUGUAUUGUUCGCUAAUGAUGAUAAACAUGAUGCUACCGAUCUAACCAAUGAACAAUUACUAGAAACAAUCAAACGAUGUGCAGUCACGAAUCUAGUUGUCAUUUCGAAUCGCGAUCGGUCCAUUUUGAAUGAACAACGAUUGUAUCAUUUGCGAGAGCAAUUCAAGAGUCACUUUUCCGUGUGGUUUGGUGAGAAAGAUCGACAACAACAGUCAAUCCAUGGAUCGAUGAAUGGCAACAUCAGGUAUUGCAUGUUAGACAUAUGUUUACCAAAGGAUUUCGGUCGAUCUAAUCUGGAUAAUAGCCGAAUCGAUCAAUUCAACCGAGAACAUGAAACACGGAAAAAAGAAACACAUGUCAUUGUGGCCAAGUUCAAGGCCACAACCAUCUCCAAGAUUUAUAUGAUUGACGAUUAUGCUAUAUUCUCACAAUUGAUUUAUGCUACGUUGCCUGGAUGCGGAUUUGAAUGGAACAUGAAUGAUAUCAUACUUAGUAUGAAUGGAAUGUUUAGUUGGGUGAGUGUGCUAGAAUUAUUGAUCGUCAUGUCGGUCGGAGCACAGAUCAUCAUCAACACCACUCAUAUAAGAGAUUCAUGUAUCUGUUUGGAUCAAAUGGUGAAAUUGGUGAAUCAAUAUAAUGUGAGCACCUGUUUGAUGGAUUCAUGUUAUUUAAUCGAUUUGCUGAAAUGGCCAUCAAUGGUUAGAAUGAAUUCAUUAGUAAAAAUUCUUUAUUUUGGCAAACCAUUCCACAAAAACAUGAUCAAUGAUCUGCAAAACAGGUUUGAACAAAUUCAAACCUGCCGUUUCGUUCUAUAUUCUCUGGAAUCGAGUGGUUUUGGAGCCAUUCAAUUAAUGAAUCGUCAAGGAUCGCUGUCAUAUAUGAAUUCAUGGCCAUUGGUUCAGGUAAAGCUUAUUGAUUGGCAUAGCAACGAGACUAUUGCUAGUGAUGAUCAAUAUGGACGACCGGGUCAUCUCUACAUUCGAUGUCCAUUCGCUUCAAGAAUAGUUUGGCAACAACCACAACAACUGUCAGAUGAAUCAUAUUCACAAGAAUUUGAUUGGAUUCUUACAGACUUCAUAGGAUUCUACGAUUCAGAGGGUCACCUGCAGAUAAUUGACCGUAGUGACAACUUUAUAAUGAUUCAUGGAAAAAGAUUCUCGAAAACUUUGAUCGAAACAAUCAUAAUGGCUAUGCCAUCAGUACGUCGAACCACUGUGCAACCAAUUGAAGCUGGAUCAAUUUUACCCAUUCUAGUCACACUGAUACCAGAUGCUCAAUGUAGCCAAGAAGAAAUUCAAAAACAACUUGAAUGUCAUCUUGGCGAGAAUGCCAUUGAAUUUCGAUUUGAAAUCAUCAAAGAAGAAUGAAUCAAAAUAAAGUUUAUUGAUUAAAUUAAUU